AAGGCCAUAAAUAGUCCCUCAUCUAUUGGAGUAGGUCUAAAAUGGUCCCUUAACUAUACACUGACCGGUUUUAGUCCUUGAACUAUCCAAAAACUUAUCAAAUUUAGUCUCCUUGUACUUUUAUACAAACAGCAUACGGAAUCUAUACGCCUCCGUUAGAUUAAAUGUUAAGACACUCCCAAACUUGUUUCUCUCUUCCCGCUUCUUUUUCCUCAGGUUCCUUUUUUUCACAAAAACCCUAGGUUUAUUUUAUCAAGUUACACGAUAGUUGAAAGCUCAGGACAAUGAUUUUACGAACAGAAGAUGGUACAGCUCCUCUCUAUGAUUCUAUACACGAUGCCUCAAAAAUCAGCAUCAAAGUAACCCACGGUGGUGUUAUGAAGCAUCAGCCUAGAACACAUUAUUCUGGGGGUCGUGUCCAAUUCAUUGACCAUGUUCAUGUUUCAGAAGUAAAGCUAUCACAAUUCAAGAUUAUGGCUGAGAUAUGUGGAUAUGGUAAUGAUUCAGUCGCAUUUUGGCACAAGUAUGGUCGGCUCGGUGAAAAGAUGAGGCUUGUUUCAACUGAUCUAGAGGUUAAUUUAGUAUCCAAGAACAUCCCUGAAGAUAGAGUAAUUGAGGUUUGCUUUGAACAUUUAGACUCUUAUAUUGGAAUGGAUGUCGGGAAAUCCUUCAAUGCAGGACAAAAUAGCAAUGGUUCAAGUGAACAUCAACAAUCUGCUAUAGGUACUAAUAAAGAGGGAAGGGCUGAUUAUUCUUCAAGUAGUGACGAUUUUGAAGACUUGGAUAAUGAUUUUUCAAAUGAACAUGAUAUCUUAGGAAGGAGUGAAAAUGGGGCGCAUAGAUAUGAAGUUAGUGACGAAGUGCGAAAAAAGAUGGCUCGUGAAGAUGGAGAUUCUGAUUGUGUUAACUCUGAAGGGUUCAAGAGCCUAGAAAGCGAUUCUAAUUCCGAUAGUAUGAACUUUCCAAAGUUCAAUCCAAAGACAGAUGGGUUGUAUCCAGUCUUGGCACUUGAAUUGAUAUUCAAAAGCAAAAAGGAGUUCAAGGAAGCUGUUAGAAGAGGUCCAGAGAGUCAAGCUAAUAUACAUUCAACUCAACAAAGUGAAGUGUUCUCUUUGGUGCAACUCAAUGAUGUUUUUGGGGCAGUUUUUUGUGCAACUUGGUGCAGUUUCUGUCUUUUGUGCAACUUGGAGCAGUUUUUGGUGCAGCUUUUUUUUAGCAGUUUGGUGCUGGUUUUUGGUGGUCUGUUUGUGCAGUUUUUUGUGGCGGUUGCGCAAUAUAGUUGCUGUUUUUUGCAGUUUGGUUGCUGGUUUCAGCGGUUUGAUGCCGAUUUUGGUGUUUUAGUGCUGCAACUUGGGGAAGUUUGUUUCAUUAAUGUAAUGAAUGUUUAUUAA